AUGUGGCGUCAAUUCGGAUCACUCCGCGGUCUCGACCACUGUCCGCGGCGGCCGCUAGAGGUCUGGAAGAUGGCGUUUGGUGGGGCCGGGAAGGGAGACAGGGACGAGCUGUGGAGUAUCUUGAACAUUUCAACGAUUCAUUCUAUUCGCAGCCCUUCCCAAUCUAUUCAUCCGAUGGAUAGCAACAAUGAAUCUUUCUGGCGCACAGCCUCCCAUGCAAACGCAGCCCAGCAGUUCAAUGAGGGUGAUAUCAUCAUGGCUGUCAUGGGCGUUACAGGAGCUGGCAAGAGCACCCUCAUCUCGAAAUUAAUCGGCGACGACUCCGGGGCUGUGCCUGUUGUUGGCCAUGGGCUCCAGUCUGAGACCAAGCUCACCGACGUAUAUCAAUUCCAUCACAAGGUUCACGGCACCAUUCACUUGAUCGAUACGCCUGGCUUUGAUGAUACCCAUGCAUCUGAUGCCGAGGUGCUCCGAGAGAUUGCCUCCUUCUUGUCCUCCACCUAUCAGACAAAGGUCAAACUGAGCGGCAUCAUAUAUCUUCACCGUAUAUCAGACAACCGCAUCUCAGGGUCUGCCCUUAGAAAUCUGCGUAUGUUCAAAGAAUUGUGUGGUGAGGAUGCCUACAAACAUGUUGUGCUAGCUACCAGCAUGUGGGGCAAAGAAGACCAUGAGAAAGCUCUCGGACGUGAGAGAGAACUUGUCGCUGAGGGCGGAUUCUGGAGCACAAUGAAGGAGCGAGGAAGCUCUGUCAUGCGUUGGCUGGGUGACUCUGUCUCGGCGCAUGAAAUUAUUGAGCACCUGCUAUUAGCACGUUCUAGGCAUGGAGUCGUAUCUCUGAAAAUCCAGCGAGAGCUGGUGGACGAGGGCAAGAGACUUGUGAACACUUCAGCAGGCCAGGAGGUGAAUCGAGAGCUGAGUGAGCUGCGGGAGAAGAUGGAGAAUGAGCUUCGACGCAUACAGGAGGAGAAUAAGGAAGCAAUGGCGUCGAAGGACAUCGAGUGGCAGCAGUCGCUCGUCGAGCAACGGCUCCUGCUCGAAAAGCAGCGUCUCAUGGCGGAGCAGAGCCAAGAGGCGCUGAAAGUGGAUUUUCACCGGCUGCUUGCCGAGACCGAUGAAAAGUAUCGAAUCGAGAUGAGUCGUAUAUUAGAGGAGCUGAAAAGGGCAGAGGAGGAGAUGCAUCUGGCUCAUAAAUUGGGCGAGGAGAAAGACCAGGCGGUGAAGGCGCUCGAAGCCCAGAUGUCCGGCGCUGGGACGGCGCAGGAGCAAGCGGAGCUACGAGAGAAGAUCAUGCGGGAGCUGGCUGAUAUGGAGGCGGCCAGGACUAAGGAGGAACAUCUACGAGAAGAGAUAGAGACGAAAACUGAUAGGUGGAACAAAAUCGUGCUGUGGAUGAAGAAGGUGGGAGAGCUGGUUGUUCCAAUUCUGGGGGCUGUAGUGGCAUCAAGCAUUUCGGGGGCUGUUUCAGGGGCGAUUCAGUCCUUGUAA